CUGAAGCUCUUCCUGUGGAGCGCGAGUGGACUCGAGAGCGGCAAGGAGCGUCCGAGAGUUGCUCGCCGAUCUACAUCUUCCUACGGACAGAUUCUGUCAGGUGUCCGUCUGAAACACCGCUGGACCAACGACGACGUCAAAAAUGACCGAGAACAUCUUCCUGUUCGUGCCGAACCUGAUUGGUUACGCCCGGAUCGUCCUGGCACUGCUGUCCUUCUACCUCAUGCCCUUCAGUCCCUGGAACGCCACCUUCUGCUACCUGCUGAGCAGCCUCCUGGACUCCUUUGACGGACACGCUGCCCGCGCACUGAACCAGUCCACCAAGUUUGGCGCCAUGUUAGACAUGCUGACCGACCGCUGCGCCACCAUGUGUCUGCUGGUCAACCUGUCGCUGCUCUACCCGUCUUACACCUUCCUGUUCCAGCUCAGCAUGUGUCUGGACAUCGCCAGCCACUGGCUGCACCUGCACAGCUCCACCGUGAAAGGCUUCAGCAGCCACAAGACCAUCGACCUCUCUGGCAACCCGGUCCUGAGACUGUACUACACCUCCAAGCCCGUGCUCUUCGUCAUGUGCAUGGGAAAUGAGCUCUUCUUCUGCCUGCUGUACGUGGCCCAUCACCUGGAGCAACCUGCUGCGUGGUUCUUCUACCUGCAGGUGUUGUGCGGCAUCAUCUGUGUGGUCAAGUCCCUCAUCAGUCUGGUCCACCUGGUGACCGCCUCGCAGAACAUGGCCGCCAUGGACGCGGCCGAGCGAGAGAGCGCCGCCAAGUCCCACUGAGACACUGCCGUGGAAUGUUUGUCUUUUUGCCGUGUCGACCAAAUAUUUUAAAUGUUUUUUUUCUGAGCUUUAUUAUGUUGAAACCAUGGCAACCAGUAGGAACCACCAGGAAGAAGCUAGGCGCAAAGCAGCACCAGGUUUGGAACAAGCUACCUCCACCCUGAUCCGUUCAGAACCCAGUUACUGCAAGCUCCACACAGGAAGGCUCUGGCUCGCUCAGAUUUCCCGAUAUAUUCCGUCACGUACGAGACCUUGUGUUUAGCUGCGCACUGUUAGCAAUAGGCUUGUUUUUGUUGCUUCUGUCCAGUGGUGUGGUGCUGCCACUCACGUGUGAAGAUGAUGUAAUCAGUCUGUGCUUUUUAGAAGUGUGGUUUUUCUACUGGUGGGGGAACAGGGUGGUCACGGCAUGUAAUUGCAUGCCGAACAUGUCGAAGGUAUGCGAGUAAUGCUUGAUGUUGCAAUUUUAAUUGUUGGCUGUUGGUUCACAUUCUGAUUUUCAGAAUAAAAUGGAGAUUGACAAGA